AUGUCAAACAUGUCGCUUCCCUCUCACGAGCCGCGCACGGGUGAGCUUCCUAUGCAUGUGAAAAGUGAGAGCAACGUCGGCCGUGCGUGGGCGCGUAUCCUGCGUUUUUGCGACGAGCAGUACGAGGAGCUCCGCGACACAUUCAACUAUCCCGCUGCAGCGAUGGACUUAGAUGCACUGCAAGCCGGGAUUGGCCAGUCACUACCGCUGCCGGUACUCGAAUGGCUUUCGUGUUGCAAUGGCCAGGAACUAGAGUCAACGGCGUCGUGCAAUGACGGCCUCUUUUUUGGGCUCCCUUUCCUGGGAACCGACGAUAUCCUGCGCGAAUGGCAGUUUUGGCGCCAUGUAGACAACGAUCCCGAGACGGGCGCCAACGAGAGACUGCGCGCGCGCAUGAGCAGCUGUCCCGAUCGCUGGGUGCGCCAGGAAUACGCGUGCCCCGGCUGGAUUCCCCUCAUCACGGACAGGGUGGGCAACUAUCUAGGUGUGGAUCUCAUGCCGGAUCCGAUUGGCGGCGGCGCCGCUGGCCAAGUGAUUCUGUUUGGCCGCGACUUUGAUACCAAGGUAGUCAUUUGGGGCUGCGAUGGUGCCGAUGGCUGGGCCAAGUUUUUGAUGCUGCUCGCCGAGGAGCUGCAUGCAGGCACAACGUUCCAGCUCGAGCCCCCCGCGGAGAGCGAUGUGGAGAUGGAGGACGAGAUUGGUUACCAAUCCUACUAUACCAGCGCAGGCGAUGGCGUGAACGCCGGCGGCGGUAAUCGCCAAGGGGUGCCCGCUGCCGGCUUCCGCCUCGUCGGCAGAAACCGCAACCGCCCUGUACUAGAGGCAUGGUCAGACCGCUCCGUACGGCACUGGGACACGGUAGGUAUGUCUGUCGGCCGUGCACAGUCGAGCGCAGAGAGCAGCAAGCGCAGGGCGUACGACGAAAGCGCGUUGGCCACACAUGUAGUCGAGAACGCCUCCUUGGACCCCCUCGACCCAUUGCACGCAGCCAUCCCUGCCGUGCCCCAGCGCCUAGGCUUGUCUGCAGUGCCGCGCCAAGCACCCGUCCAACGCCGCGUGCAGGAAACAGAGGCGAAGAGCGAGCCGCGCCGCGCGAUGCCCGUGCCGGAGCCCAUCCUCGAUCUGCCAACCAUUGAAGACGUGCGUGCAGUGCAAGCGAGCGAACAGGCGCAGUACAGCACCGAGCCUGCUGCCAUACCUGCCGCCAUCGGAACGAUCCGCGAGUUUACCCCGUUUUCCUUUGGCUCGACCUACCGCACGACGGCAAACCCGCAGAAAGAGCCGCUGGACGAGACACUGGAGCUCUCGUGCCGCACAAGCGUGGACAUUGGACUUCCUACGUCCGACGUGGAAACGAUGCCACACCCUGCUGUUCUCGGCUUGCGCGGCUUGCGCUCCAAGUCAACUGCCUACGGCGAUAGUCGGGCGAUGCGCAGCACUUCGAGGCUGAUUGACGCCUCCGCGCCAGACCAUCCGAUAGCGCUGCCUGGCCCGUCGGGCAAGCGCGACGACUCGUCUGACCAUGUCAUUCACAUGGAAGACACCAUGCCCACGCCCGCAUAA